ACCCUUCGAAGGAAAAUCGCCGGUUUUGCAGUGUGGCAGAGAUGGUGGACGACUCCAGUGAUUUAUGCUCAGCAACGCCGUCGUUGAAUUCCUCGAAAGAACCAAAGCGACCUCUCGACUCGCCCUCGGAAUUGCUGAAGCCGCCGAAGCAGCAAAGAUCCGAAGAGGAAGCUGGUGGAGGAGGCGACGGGAUGAGCCACAACUCAAAGGCCCAGAGGUACCUGAUAGCGGUGGAGUACAUCGGAACGCGGUUCUCGGGAUCCCAGAGGCAACCCAACUGCAGGACCGUUGUUGGCCUCCUUGAGGAAGCUUUUCACAAAUUUAUUGGACAGCCAGUCUCAGUAACCUGUUCUAGCCGAACGGAUGCUGGAGUUCAUGCAUUAUCCAAUGUUUGCCAUGUUGAUGUUGAGCGAAUAAGUAAAAGGAAGCCUGGAGAAGUGUUACCACCACACGAACCAUCUGUUGUAAGGCGUGCCAUGAACCACUUUUUACAGAAAUGUGAAGGCGACAUAUCGAUAGUUGAUGUUCGAUGUGUUCCAUCAGAUUUCCAUGCUAGAUUCAAGGCCUUAGAGAGGACAUACUAUUACCGGUUGUUCUCUGGACCAGAGCCAUUGUCAACUUUUGAGAAAGACCGUGCUUGGCAUAUAUCUGAGGACUUGGAUAUUCUUGCUAUGAAGAAAGCAUGUACAAUCCUUGUCGGGUCUCAUGAUUUCAGCUCUUUUAGGGCUUCUGGUUGUCAGGCGAAAUCUCCUAUUAAAACCUUGGAUGAACUUAGCAUUACAGAAACAUUUCCUUCACUACACUUCCCUUCAUUGUUGGAGAGGUCUCAGCUGGAAUCAACUGAUGGAUGUCUCAUUCAUUCUGAGAAAUCAGGCCAUGGAUCACCUCCAAGUUCCUUAGACAUCACUUGGGUGGGCUUGCAGGGAUGCAAUCAAGGAUUUGGACAAAAACCGAGGCAUCGUUGUUAUGUUAUAGCAGCAAGAGCUCGUUCUUUUCUUUACCACCAGGUCAGGCUUAUGGUUGGUGUUCUAAAAUCUGUUGGAACUGGAGAACUGACAAUAAGCGAUGUUGAAAGAAUUUUGAAUGCAAAGACGGUGACCGCUGCAAGUCCGAUGGCUCCUUCUUGUGGUCUCUAUCUCGGCAAUGUGAAGUACGACCUUCCAUGAAUUUGGUCUGUCACUUUUGAAACAGCAACAACAUCCAAGUCUGCAACACAUCAAGAAUUUUGCAUCAGCCCAAUUCUAAUUUAUGUUCUUACAUGUUCACUUGCAAAAACAUGCAAGAUUAUUUUCCUCUGUCGAGAUUGUUGGCUGCAACCGUGAGAUUUAGCACUGAUACUUGUUCUAGCACCUGACAUUAUAGAACUGGAUGGAACAUGAUCCAGUUUAUAUGUAAUUCAGUUUAAUGUGCAUGACCCUCGUAUCCAGUUUU